UUUUUGUUCACUUUGUUCUCAGUCUGCUUAUUUGGUUUUGGUAAAGUAACUAUAAAAGGAAGAAACCUCAUUACAAUCUCUCAAACACACAAGAAGGAAAAAAAAAAAAAAAAUCUCUCAAACACAUAACUUCAAACAUCAAUCAAAGCUUAUACAGAACUUUUUUUUCUUUCUAUUUCUCGGACAAAAAGAAAAAUGGAUGACAUAUCAGUGAGCAAAAGCAACCACGGAAAUGUUGUUGUGCUCAACAUCAAAGCGUCUUCUCUUGCAGACACUUCUCUUCCUUCCAACAAACACGAGUCAUCGUCCCCGCCUUUGCUCUCUGUCCAUUUCUUGCAAAAGGUAAGUUUAUCUCAGUCCAAAUUGAGGAAGCACUGCUUUAUUCACUCUUCAAAGCUUCUUUUUAACCCAUAGGCUUUUCAAGUUUUUGUGUUAACUGAUACUUACGAUGAGCACUUUUGAUCUGCAGCUCUUAGCGGAGCUCGUUGGAACUUACUAUCUGAUAUUUGCUGGCUGUGCCGCCAUUGCCGUGAAUGCUCAACACAACCAUGUAGUGACUCUUGUGGGGAUUGCUGUGGUUUGGGGUAUAGUGAUAAUGGUUCUUGUUUACUGUCUCGGCCACCUCUCUGCACAUUUCAAUCCUGCUGUCACUCUUGCCUUAGCAUCUUCCCAAAGAUUCCCUCUGAAUCAAGUCCCGGCCUACAUAACUGUUCAAGUCAUCGGAUCAACCUUGGCAUCUGCGACUCUGCGUCUUCUGUUUGAUCUGAACAAUGAUGUGUGCAGCAAGAAACAUGAUGUCUUCCUCGGGUCAUCUCCUUCUGGGUCUGAUCUUCAAGCAUUCGUGAUGGAGUUCAUCAUUACCGGCUUCCUCAUGUUAGUCGUCUGUGCCGUCACAACCACCAAGAGAACUACAGAGGAACUAGAGGGGCUAAUCAUUGGGGCAACCGUCACACUGAAUGUUAUAUUUGCUGGAGAGGUAUCAGGAGCAUCGAUGAAUCCAGCCAGAAGCAUAGGACCUGCACUUGUGUGGGGAUGUUACAAAGGGAUUUGGAUAUACUUGCUGGCUCCAACACUUGGUGCCGUCUCUGGGGCCUUGAUUCAUAAAAUGUUACCGUCAAUACAGAACGCAGAGCCUGAGUUCUCCAAGACAGGAUCUUCUCAUAAACGAGUUACCGAUCUUCCUCUGUGA